AUGAAACUAACUUCAGCCUUCUCUCCUUCAGACGCAGGAGUUGAAACUUCCAGUCAAGAUCCAUGGGAAUGCAGCCCACGCAAGUUGCCCACCAGCAAUGGAGACGAAGCCACAGCGAACAAGCUCAGCUUCCCCCCCAAACUACUUGCCAGACUAAGUCGCAAGACUAACGAACCUUUGGAACCAACAGCUUCGAUCCAAAACCACCAGGCAUAA